AUGACAGCUUCAUCAUUCUUCAAAACGAUGGUGACAAAAUCCAACUGGCUUCUUACAGUCUUCACCAUUUCAAGCAUUCGUUUGGAGAUUGUCGCAAUGAACUAUAUUUGUCAAUCUAUGCAUUUGCCAUUAAUAUUCAAUUUUGGUCACACUUCGAAACGAAUGGAGUCUGUAGUGCAAAUUCUUAAAGACUCUUCACAAUGUCCGAAUCUCAAUUUUUACGAUGGGUACUGUACAAUUGAUUUCUGGAAUAAUAAACAGUUCAAAGUUGUGUGUAAUACAAGGGGAUACAAAAUUGAGGACCGGAAACAGCGUUUCGGACUCUAUUCCACAUAUCAUUUGCUCCAUACCAAAGAAGGAACUAUCAUAGAGAAUACUGUCCGCGCCUUGAACCAACUCAAGAAGAUGUUCAAAUUCAACAUGGUUUUUCUAAAUAUUUGUACUAAAACCAUCAAAGUGUCAUUCUUCGAGGAGUUAUUCUCAAAAAUCACGUUUAAUCCGGGCUACAAAAUUACAAUGGAUGGAGUGAAAUUUGAUUUAGACGUUGUCAACUACCUCUUGAACACGCUGAAGGCUGAAGAUUAUUUUGUAUUUUGGAAUUCCGAUAUGCCUUCAGAUUUUAAGCAUGAGAAUGCGUUCAAACUGCAAGGUGUCGUUUAUAUGGAUGGGCGGUGGGUUCAGGUUGAGGACGUUCUCAAAAUACAAGGUGCCGACUUUGUACAUUUACAUGAAACUAACUUCACUGUGGCCAAUGUUCAUGAGAUCAUCGAUAGGUGGAUUAAUAGUGAAGUCGACAUGUUUAAAAAUUUCAAUGCUCAAUAUCUUUUUGAUGAUUUCUUGCCAAAUGCAAUAUUAGAUGACUUGAUUGGAUUUGAACAAAUGUGUCUGUUUGGACCCAUGUUUUUCACUCUUGCCAAAUCCACUUCAGCCGCUCGAGUUGACACAGUUCUGGCUAUAGCCAUAAGACAAUCAUAUUUCAUACUGUGCGCGUGGAAACCCACAGAAUCAUUUCCCGUUGAAUAUGCGAAAGGUGAUGCUUAUAAAGAUGCUUAUAAGAUUCUGACGAUACUAAACAAGAAGGACAAGCUAGAAAAAGAAAUGAAACAGGAGACUGAUGGUUACGAGAGAAAUCGAUUAGCUGAAGAGAUUCAAGAAUUGGUCGAGAAGAUGUGGGAUCUGGGAGGGCGUUUUGAAAAUGGAAAGGUUUAUGUUGACAGGUGA